AUGCAUUUGAAAUUGAAAUCACAGAGUCACCAGAUAGAUUCUUCAUUAGAUUCCAAACAGCAAAAACGGGCAAAUAGAAAGUCACAAAAUAUGGCUAGUAGUUUGGUAAAUGAUGAUGAAGAUAAUGCCAGUAAUGCAACGCGUAAUACACAGCAGCAGCAACCCCAGAUUGCAACAGGACAGACGAGCAAUAAUAAUAACCAGCAAAGUAGUAAUAAUAAUAACAAUGGGGCAAGUGCCGCCAAUACAUCAUCAGCCACCUCCACCAGCACCACCACUGCCACUUCCACCACGAAUAAAAUGCAUCCCAGUGAAGCCAAGGCGAAAAAGGAAAAUCUACAACAAAGAAAAUUGGAAUUGGAAAAGUUGUUAAAUGAGAAAAAUUGGCUGCUACAGCAGUUGCAAAAACAGGAGACCGAAAUUCUAAAUGGCAAUUUUGAAUAUAUGAAUUUCAAUGAUUUCCUGCAUAGCCUUAAUGCCCAAUAUAAACAGGAACAGGCCACAACGGAAUCUACCAUUACGGGUGGUAGUGGAAGUAUUGGUGGCCCCGAUGAGGCAAUUCUUCGCCGCAAACCUUUGAUGGCCAAAGAAAAUCAACAACAUCACAAUGUGUUGCAUCGACGACAAUCGGAAAUUUCCAAUCGUUCAUCGGAAUAUGACAAUUAUCCGCAUCAGGAUAACUUAUCAACACAUUCAGAGGGUGCUGCAAGUGGUGGUGGUGGAGCAAGAGGAGUAUCUGGUUCCUCUGCUGCGGCCAUGACAAUGCAACAUGCCCAACAGGCCCAACAGCAAUACAAUGCAAAAUCGGCAUUGAAAAAACGUUCAGCCACAGUGGCAGGUACCACAACCCAACAAACGGCAGCGGCCGCGGCAGCCAGUAAUUUACAAAUGUUAAGGCAGCAACAGCAUAUGGAACAACAGCUAAUGCAACAACAUAAUCUCUAUAAACACCAACAACAUCACUAUCAUCAUCCCCAACAACAUUUGUUCAAGCAGCACAUUGAACAUCAUCAGGUGUUGAUGCCACAUUUACAAUAUGCCACACAGAAAUUCUAUUAUACCACACUGCAGCCGACAACACAGCCCAGUACAUCAUCAUCAGCUGGCUCCUCGGCACAACAGCAGCAACAACAACACCAAGUUGGUCAACCACAACAAAAAACGGUGCAGCAGCAGUUGCAUCAACAGCAACAACAAUAUGGUCGCUAUAUUAAAUCCAAUCAGUUGCCACAGGCCCAAGUCCAGCAGCAGCAGCUUCCACAGCAUCAUCAUGCUCAGCAGCAGCUUCCACAGCAUCAUCAUGCUCAGCAGCAAUCGCCAAAUCACUCGCAACAACAUCACAUGAACUACAACCCUCAAAAUUCCAGCAGCUCAAAUGCCAAUCAUCAGCAUCACCAUCAGCAACAACAGCAGCAACAAUUACUUCUAACACCCCCAGGCCAUGGAACAAUUGCUGCUGCCUCCUCACAUAUGGACAACAUUUCUUUGUAUUCCUUAAAUUCCAACAAUGUGGCCACCUUACAUAGGCAGGCCCAGCAACAACAACCCGUCAUUGUGCAAUGUGAUAAAUAUUAUCUCUCACCCACCACGCAUCAUGUGUCCCACAAUGAUGGUGGUGGCUUUAUAAAGUCCAGUCAAAAUAUUAAAGAAUAUAUAUCGCCCAUGAAUUCGCCGCAGCAACAACAACACCACCAAAUGGGAACCACCAACGUCCGUGAUAAAAGGUUAGCUUCUCAGACAAAUCUUUCCCAGCGUGUUAAUACACCAUCCAUAGAUGCCAUAUCACUGGCACCAUCCUAUGUGUCCAUGGAGACUGUGGAUUAUAUGACAAUACCCACAUCACAACAGCAACAACGAUGGAAAUCACAAUCCAAUUUACCUCCAACGGGAACAACUUCAUCUUCAUCCGAUUUGAAAUCCUAUUCCAGUGAUAUGUUGAACAACAACAGCAGCAGUACCAAUCAAUAUUACAACAGCAGCAACACCCUGCAAUCCAACUCCAAUGCUGCCCAACAACAUCCUCCACAUGUUACCCAAGUGAAACCAUUUAAACCUCUCGAUGAUAUUUCCAUAAAUUCCGGCUAUUCCACAGAGACGCAAAAGAAAACGAAAUCCAAACAAUGGCUGGAGUCAUCUCUAGAUGGUCCUGUGAUAAGGCAAACCCCUCAACAUCAUACCCACAACAGCGGAGAAGAAAAUUACCACCCCGAUCACAAUAGCAAUAUCAGCUCUUCACAACAUCCACCCCGCUCCAAACUCUCCUCACACUCGUUGAAUACCUCACGACAUUAUUCAAUGUCAGCGGCGGCGGGUGCGGCGUCGUCAUCUUCACACUCCCCCCUUGCCCAUUCAGCACAGGCGGCAAAAUUAAGUCAAUCCACAUCGUAUUUAAAUCAAAUGGAUGUUACCGCUGGUUUAACAAAUAAUUCCCCAACACCCGCUCCCUCAAUAUCACAAGCCUAUAAUAUAGAAAUUGUCUCACCACAAACUCCCAUGGCUUAUAAAUUUUUACCCGUCUCUACGGCGGGUAAUACAAAUAAGCCACCGGCUAGACCACCGCUCUAUAUCAAUGCUACACCCCAAAAUAUUUCUGCAUCUCCUACCACUGGGUUGUUAAGUGGUGUUUCAGGCUCCUCAGCUUCAGCGUUAUCACCCGAUAUUCGUGUUGAAUCACCAAAAAAUGUCACAGUUGUCCAACCGGCCACUUUCCAACCUUACAAAGAGGUUACCAAGCCAUUUGAAAUGUCCGAUUUUUAUAAAUAUUCGACUAAAUAUCGCCAAAAGGAGAAUAACAAUAAUAGUCAGGUGGAUAAUUGA